CGGAAGCGCUCGGAGGUCGUCCCCGCGGUAACGGCGCCGCGGCGGCAGCGGAGCCAUGGCGGAGCCGCGGGACCCAGCGAUCUCCCCAGCAGCCUCAGAGCCCCCACGGCCCCGUCCUAAGAAAGCCCCAGACCUGCCCAUCCUGGAGAGGAAGAACUGGCUGAUCUACCUGCUCUAUGUCCGCCAGGACUACGAGGAGUGCAAGGCUGUGAUCAGGGAGCAGCUGCAGGAGUCUCAUGGGCUGUGUGAAUAUGCAGUCUACGUUCAAGCUUUGAUCUUUCGCCUGGAGGGGAAGAUCCAGGAAUCUCUGGAGCUGUUCCAGACCUGUUCCAUUCUGAACCCUCGGAGUGCUGACAACCUCAAGCAGGUGGCACGGUCCCUGUUUCUCCUGGGGAAGCACAAGGCAGCCAUUGAAGUGUACAAUGAAGCAGCCAAGCUGGAUGAGAAGGACUGGGAGAUCAGCCACAACCUGGGUGUGUGCUACAUGUACCUGAAACACUUCAACAAGGCCCAGGACCAGCUGAACACUGCCCUGGAGCUGAACAGGCAUGAUCUGACUUACAUGAUGCUGGGGAAGAUUCACCUCUUGGAGGGGGAGACAGAUAAAGCCAUUGAAGUCUACAAGAAAGCUGUGGAGUUUUCUCCAGAAAACACAGAGCUGCUCACAAGGCUGGGCCUGCUCUACCUGCAGCUUGGGGAUUAUCAGAGGGCCUUUGAACACCUUGGGAAUGCCCUGACCUACGACCCAGGCAACUACAAGGCUACCUUGGCAGCUGGCAGCAUGAUGCAGGCCCACGGAGACUUCGAGGUUGCCCUCUCCAAGUACAAGGCCGUGGCCGGCGCGGUGCCCGAGAGCCCCCCGCUGUGGAACAACAUUGGGAUGUGCUUCUAUGGGAAGAAGAAAUACGUGGCAGCCAUCAGUUGCCUGAAGAGGGCAAACUACCUGGCUCCCUUUGACUGGAAGAUCUUGUACAACCUGGGCUUGGUCCACCUCACCAUGCAGCAGUAUGCCUCAGCUUUCCACUUCCUGAGUGCUGCCAUCAGCUUCAAGCCCAGGAUGGGAGAGCUCUACAUGCUGCUUGCAGUGGCUCUGACCAACCUGGACGACGCUGAGAACGCCAAACGUUCCUACGAGCAAGCUGCAGCCCUGGACAGGUCCAACCCCCUCAUCAACCUCAACUACGCCGUGCUGCUCUACAACCAGGGCGACAAGAAGGGAGCCCUCUGCCAGUACCAGGAGAUGGAGAGGAAGGUCAAUGCCCUGAAGGAGAGCAGCACUCCUGACUUUGACCCUGAGAUGGUGGAAGUUGCCCAGAAGAUGGGAAUUGCCCUGCAGGCUGGGGAGAGCCUGCUCUGGACAAAGCCUCCUAAAGAGACUAAAGCCAAGCAGAAAGCUGCAGGCUCAGGGAAAUCCUCCAGCACUCAGCAGCCUUUGGGCUCUAACCAGGCCCUGGGUCAAGCCAUGUCCUCAGCUGCAGGCUAUGGGAAAACCAUGCAGCUGCCCACAGGUGCUGGAGCUGCAGCUCCUCCUGCCAAGCCUCCCUCGCUGCCGCUGGAGCCAGAAUCAGGCUCAGAAACGAGCCCCGAGGAGACCUCGGCACCAACAGAGGCUGAAGAGGGGAGGAAGGAGAAGCACCAGAGCCAGGAGGCAGAGGAGUAGGAUGGGCUCUGGUGCAGGAGCAUCUCCAGAGCUGCCUCCUGCUCUGUGGGGCAAG